AUGUCACUCAGAGGUCUUCGACUCAUCAACAUGCUCAAGAAGAAAGACAUCUUGCCGGAGUGGAAGGGGAAGCUGUGUCCUAGGUGUGGCGUGGGCAAAAUGGGACCAUUGAAGUACAACACGGCCAACAAGACCUGGACACACAGGUGCAACCACUACAAGUGCCACAAGAAUCUUCAGCCUCACGAUUUCCACCCGAUUUUCUAUAUGGGGGCAGGGAACUCACAUAGCCCUCUUCACGUCCAGGCAUCUAUCCUCUUGUGUGCUACAGCCGGUGUCAAGGAAGUCUCCACCCAUCUCAUCCUCGACACGUCAAAGAAGCCAGUAGAAACCAUUUACAAGAACCUUGAGACAGCUAGGAGCCGGUACGUGAAUGCAAAAGAGAAGGACAUCACGUAUGGAGAUUGGCAUGAUGUCGAAGUCGAUGAGGUGGAUGUGGGAAAAUUUGUGGACCCGUCCAUCCAAGAUGCGAAGAACACCACGUGGGAACAGUGGGGUGGAAUGGUAGAACGGGGAAAUCCUUCGUCCCUACGUCUCUUUCGGUUGAACCCGAAGAAAACAAAGCAAUCAGCCCCAGGGCCAGGUCCGAUCAGGAAGUGUGACUGGGUACCUGUGGCCAAGAAGUAUCUCAAGAACAUGAACGUGGUGCUUCAUUCGAAUGGUGCCCGCGCGUACACCAUGAAAUUCCCAGGAAUCAUCCACUGCAAUGUCGUGCACAAGAAAAAGAGGAAAAUCGCAGUGUGGGUCCGACCUCAUUUCACCAAGAACUACACGAUCACCAUACCGGGCAAGGGCAAGACGGUAGUGAAGAGUGGCACGCAAGUCAUCGACCGGUUUUGGGGAUUCUUGAGGAAGAUCAGAAGUGCUCAGUUUGAAUACUGGCACAGGCAUCAAAACAUGUGGGAGGUUACAGGAAAGAUGCUUCGCUUUCUACACGACAGUCGCUAA